AGUUGGGCGCAGGUGGGUUGGAUUGAAAAGACAUGACUGUGAGUAGAGGGCUGAUGGUACGUCGCCCGAUCAGGCGUAGGGUUGGGUGGGAUGUUGAGCGCAUUGGCGGGUGCCAAAGAGGUCGCCAUCACUGAUUACCCGGCACCUCCAAUCCUCGAUACCCUCAAGGCGAACGUUGCAAAGAACCUCCCGGCUACCCUACAAUCCCAUGUAACUGUUCAGGGUCACGAAUGGGGGUCCACUUCCACAGCCUUCGAAUCAUCGCAUGCCCAUACCUACACGCGCAUACUUGCAGCAGACUGCUUCUGGAUGCCUGGAGAGCAUGAGAAUCUGGCAAAGUCGAUGAUACACUUCCUCGCAGACACGAAUGACGCGCGUGUAUAUUGUAUCGCGGGUUUCCACACAGGCCGUGCUAAGGUCGCACCCUUCUUUGAGGAGGUUGUACCAGAGCAAGGCCUCGAGAUCGAGGAGAUAUACGAAAUGGACGCAGAUGGACAGCGGCGGCCGUGGGAAAAGGAGCGCGAUGGUGGCCUGGAGAAUAUGGGCGAGCGGAAAAAGUGGCUCAUCGUUGCGCGAUUACGGCGACCCGUUCGAUCAUAGCAGAGAGCACCGCUCACACCCUCUUGAAGCAGAGCGUAACCACGCUGCUCCCUGUCUUGCCCCCAAACGUGAAACUCGGAUAUUUGACCUUGCCAUCAAACUGCAAUCCUCCGCCCCCAAACCACUCUUUCAGCUCCUCCUCUGUCCAAUUGCAGCUCG